ACCUGCGGGUUACUGCCUCCCAAUCAGCAGUCCUUUCCCUCACACGUUUCCCGGAGGCGAGUUUGCUUUUUCUAGUACAGCAACAGCACUGUAAUUUAUUUACAUUCACUCCCUAAAGCGUUUCCCUAAAGUCAGCUGCCUAACCUUAACCUGACCUAACCCUAAACCCAACCUUAACCUUAAUUGCAACCACACUCGCUAGAGUUUGAACAUAGUUUCGCGAGAAUUUUGCAAGAAUCUAGAUUUACCCUCCAGACAGGACGCUGACCUCUCACAGGAAUCAGACAGUGGAGCCUCCUAGUGGCCACAGCCAAAUAUUGCAUCUGAUAGGUCUGGCUGUUCUAGUUGGACUUCACGCCACUACUGGUUAGGCCUGGAUGUACACAUUUGAUUGGUGGGGAAGUGUGUUUAAAACAGCACUGAACACACAAGGCGCUGGCUCCCUCAAGUCUUGGCUCAAUCAGGACGUCCCGUGCACUGGCCAGGCAUUGCCCCCUCGACUUGACCCGGAGAGUUUCACCUAAAAAAACUAACAAACAAACCAAAAAAAAAACAUGGAAGACAAGCGUAAGAAGCGGAGCCCAAAGGUGUCUCUCCCCCAGCCCCCUCCUCCUCCCAUCAACCCCCGCAAGCUCUCCGUCCUCCCUGCCAGUAAAAGUGCCACCUUCUCCCUCGGCCUGCCCCAGCCUCCCUCGCCCAAGAACAGAGGCAAGUUUAAGAGGUCCAUAGGAGCUCCGGGACAGUCCAAAGAGGUGCUCACCGCUGUCGUAGCUCCACCAAAGACCACCAGGCCCCACAAGGAGAAGCCCAGGGCCCCCCAGCCUGCGGGGCCCAGUAAGGUCGUGCAGUCUUCCCCCCUGCAGCACUCCUUCCUCACAGAUGUCUCGGACGUGAGAGAGAUGGAGGGAGGGCUGCUCAACCUCCUUGAUGACUUCCACUCAGGCAAACUGCAGGCCUUCGGCAAGGUGUGUUCCUUCGAGCAGCUGGAGCACGUGCGGGAGAUGCAGGAGAAGCUGGCGAGGCUGCACUUCAGCCUGGACAGCCACGUGGAGGAGCUUUCAGAGGACCAGAGGAAGUGCGCCUCUGACCACAACCUGGAGCGCCUGCUCUGCAAUCUGGAGGAGCUCAGCACCUCAAUACAAAAGCUUCACUUGGCCGAGAACCAGGACCUGCCCAAGACAUCUGGCCCCUGACAAGUGAGGUGUGGACACCGGCGACCGCUCAUCUUCUCACUACAUCCAAACCCCGUCCAGGUUGCCAUGACGCUGAUCCAGCUGCCUUACCAACAGAGUGGAAAUGUCCACAGGGGGAGGGGCCUUUAUUUUUCCAUUUAUGUCAAUAAAAAAGAAGGAAAAUUGCAGUGAGGUCACGCAGGAGCAGAGUACAACAUGAACUCUCUCAACCAAAAGCUUCAAGUCCUCAUAGACUCAUCUACUAUUUGUGUUCUAAUUUCCAUGAAUCGAAGCACAUUUAAUGAAAGUUAAGGGAUUUUUCUGUCAUCUUUCAUAUUAUCAUACCUAUUUCCUGCAUCAUUUAAGGAAGGUAUUUGUCUUUAUUAGCAAAGGAUAAGAAAAUUGAGCCAUACUGAAGCAGAAAAUGGCCCUUUGUGUCGAUAAAGCCACUAUGGGUAGCUCAGGGCCUUUGAGGGAUUUUUCACUCUUUUGCUAUUAUUCAAAAUGGAAAAAAACUCCCUAAUUUUUAUAUCUUUGCUAAAAGUUUAAUACUGGAAAACUGACUGGAUGUCACUGACUGGAGGCCGGGUGACCGACUCCUAAAACUGUGAUGUAUGAAGGGAGAAUUUUGCAUUUACAGCAAGACACAGACUGCAAUGUACAAAAAUGUAUAUUUGAUGAAACUGAAAUAUCUACAGGAUUGUGUGUAAAGUUGUCGAUGACAUGAUGUAUUGUUAAUGUACAGUUCCCAGUGUACAGACUGUAUGUGUUGGCACUGAUUGUUUGAUACAAGGAGCUGGCAGCUUUUGUCAGCGCUGUGUGAGAAAUGCCUUGGCUUUAUUUCUAUAGCCACGUCUGAGGGGCCCAGUAGCAGUAAGCAGAAUCUCAUCUGAAGCACAAGCCAGCCCGACUCGCUACUGCAAUGCUGUAAAACCUACUGUAACAUUUAGGUCAGAGGGAUUCUCUCCAGUCUGACACAGCUCGUCUCUCUCCCAUGACACACACACUGUGUUCAAUAGCUUAUUCACAGAGGAUAAUGCAGCAGCAGGCAUAAAAAAAAUCUCUGUUCAGGACAGUUUCACCAACGGCAGCUACUCCGAUCAUUUUUUUUUUUCUUUUUCUUUUUCUUUUUUAAAUACCAAACUUGGAGGCAACACACCUGAGUCAUAACCCAUAAACCUUGACACAGCAUUUAAAGUGAAAUUAGUGUUUUAAUUGAAAUAUCAGAGCAUGUUGCUUGAUUAAGAGCAACUUAUUUUGGGUCAUCAGAAAACUAAUAUGAGCCUUUCAUUCUACCGCUUAAUAAUCCUACCUCUUUUUUCCCUGUGGUCUUGGCCUACAUAACUCUGAAGACCUGUAGCCUCACAACAACAUGGUACAUUUCUGAUGUUGGUUGCUCUGAUUUUCCAUAGAUCAGCUUUUGCCUCGCUGUAUUUUUGCAUUGUUUUACAUCAAGAGAUAAUCCAUCUCAAACUGAUGUCCUUGUCUCCAGUCUGAACAUCACUCCAUUUGAACUGGACGGUGUGAAGACAGAGAACUUUGGCUGAAAUAUUUUUUAUGUGUAUUCAUUAAGUAAAUAAAAUGAAAUUCUGGCUUCAA